AUGGUCGGCAUCUUCCCCGUCUUGUAUCUUGGUUGGAAGAUCAUCAAACGCACCAAGAUCUUUAAGCCUGAGGAGGUUGAUUUGUACCGCAACAAGGUGCGCUUGCUGAAGAGCAGUCUACAUUGUGUUAGAAUGUGUAAUGCUGAUUCCUUGAAGGACGAAAUUGAUGAGUACGAGAGGACUUUUGUACCGACACCGCCGGCGUAA